AAUUCGUAAUUUUCCGUCCAUGGAUGCGACACGAGCGAGGGACCCCGCCCCGCCGGCGAGGUGAGAGAUGACCCUCACGGCGGCCUUUCGAGCCGCCAAAAUCCCCCGCGCCCUCCCUCCCAAACGCGGCGAGGCUGCCGCGUCUGGGGAUCCGUCGGCGGGGGCCGCGAAGGGGAAGGCGCCGCCGCCGUGGUGCGUCUACCUGAUAUCGUCCUCCCGGAUCCCCCGCACCUACGUCGGCGUCACCACCGACUUCCCUCGCCGCUUGCGACAACAUAAUGGUGAGUUAAAAGGUGGUGCAAAAGCUGCCUCUGCCGGAAGGCCUUGGAAUCUCGCAUGCCUUGUUGAGGGCUUUGUCAGCAAAAGUGAAGCUUGUGAGUUUGAAUCGAAGUGGAAAAACAUAUCCCGGAAAAUGUCACGGAAAAGGACUGAACCUAGCGUGGAGUCGGUGUUGCAACAUCGGCAGGCAGCAUUGAGCAAAGUGGAAACCUCUAUGGAUUGUAUCCACCUACAAAUCAAAUGGCACUCAAGUUGAGAUUAUUUAUUUGCACUGUGCAGGCAGUGGGCAUCUAACCGUGAAAAAAAAAUCACCGCUUAACCAUAAAUUGUAUAAAAUAAUUCCCAUGUCUUAGCUCGUAGUGCAGACAAUACUUUUGGUUUGCUACCAGUAUGACCAGCAUGGCUAUUGUAUUUGUUCUCUUAUACAUGAAGACGACAGAACGGGCAGCUCCAGCUUGCCAUUGUAUGUUUUUGUUUAUUUGUACGAGCAAUUGUUCAAAAGGAUAGAUAGUAUUCUAUUCUAGGGGCCAUCUACUGUGUGAUGGACCUCUGUCUAAUUGUAAAUGACACUUUAUGUACUAGAUGUGAUUACUUAUAAUUGACCUUAAAAGUAGGGAGUAAGAAUGCCAUUGCCCAUUUCA